AAAAAGAGAGGGAGAUGGGUCAGGGGCUGAGUUGUGGAGCGAACCAGGAGCAUGGGCUCUUCAGUGCAGUGCAGUUAGGAGACUUGGAAGCUGUAAAGGCUAUAUUGGAGGUAGACCCAUUUCUCUUGCACGAAUCAACAGUCUACGAUCGACAGUCUGCGCUGCAUAUUGCUGCUGCCAAUGGCCGGAUCGAGAUUUUAUCUAUGCUUUUGGAGCGAUCUGUGGAUCCAGAUAUGGUGAAUCGUCACAAACAGACUCCACUUAUGCUGGCUGCAAUGCAUGGCAAGAUCUCUUGCGUGAAAAAGCUCCUUGAAGUGGGUGCGAACAUAUUGAAGUUCGAUUCACUCCAUGGAAGAACUUGCUUGCAUUAUGCGUCGUAUUACGGUUACUCUGAUUGCCUUGAAGCCAUUCUCUCUGCGGCCCAAUCUAGCCAUGUUGCUGUUUCUUGGGGAUAUGCACGGUUUGUUAAUAUUAGAGAUGGAAAGGGAGCAACACCAUUACAUUUAGCUUCUCGUCAAAGACGGCCUGAAUGUGUGCAUAUCCUUUUAGACAACGGUGCCCUUGCCUGUUCUUCAACUGGUGGAUAUGGCUCUCCAGGAAGCACUCCUCUUCAUUUGGCAGCCAGAGGGGGAUCUCUUGAUUGCAUCCGAGAGUUGCUAGCUUGGGGUGCUGAUCGUCUCCAAAGAGAUGCAUCAGGGAGAAUACCAUAUGAAGUUGCUCUAAAGCACAAGCAUGGGGCAUGUUCUGCCCUGCUCAAUCCCUCGUCAGCAGAGCCUCUUGUUUGGCCCUCACCUCUAAAGUUCAUCAGUGAGCUUAAUCAAGAGGCAAAAGCUCUGCUGGAACAUGCAUUAAUGGAGGCAAACAGGGAGAGGGAGAAGAACAUUUUGAAAGGAACUGAUUCUUCGGUUCCAUCUCCAUCACAUUCUGACGUUGCAGCAGAUGACUAUAUUUCUGAGGCUAGCGAUAACGAGCUUUGUUGCAUAUGCUUUGAGCAAGUUUGUAAUAUUGAAGUCCAAGACUGUGGUCACCAAAUGUGUGCUCAGUGCACUCUAACCCUCUGCUGCCACAACAAACCGAACCCAACAACCUCGUGCCUCACUCCACCAGUUUGCCCAUUUUGUCGAAGCACUAUAACUCACCUGGUGGUUGCUAAAGUGAAGAAGUACGAUGAGCCAGAUCACGAGGUUGUCGACUUGAGUUGCUCUAAGUUAAAAAAGCCAAGGAAGUCUUGGAACAUCGGCAGCAGCGAAGGAAGCAGCAGUUUCAAGAGCUUAUCGGGGAUGGGGUCAUUUGGAAAGAUGGGAGGUCGUGGUUCAGGAAGGAUUGCUGCUGAAAACGAAUGGAUCGACAAACCUUGAACCCCUGUCAAUUGGGCAAACACAGAUUCCAAAUGGUCAUUGAUGAAUGAUGAUUCCCUUUUUAAAAAAGUGGAGGGAAAAUAUGGAUAAAUGGAUGUCGGGGCUGGACCAUAUAUGUUGCCAUACAUAGAUAAGGAGGUCCAGUUGGUUGGUAUAUGUAGGUUUGGGGAAUAAGCAAAGAAGUGAGUGGCAGCUUUGCUGGUUCGGGUUGGUAAGUUUGGUGAUAUAUAAAUAGCUGUGGGUCUCCUCAUAUAAUUGUUGCAAUCUUCCUUUACUUGAGAAUUACGGAGAGCAUUGCAUUGGUCAUUUUAAAUUUGUAAGAAAAAGGUAAUUCUUUUUUUUCUUCAAUUAUAAUUUAAAACCAGCAUUGCAUUCUUCAAUGAAGCUGCCAUUCAUG